CCGACUCCAUCAUCAGCAUCCGACGCUGACAGCGGUCGAAGACAGCAUCCCUAAUAUUACCGACCCACGGCAACAUCGCAGAAUAAAUUCAGAGCGAGGCCGACCAGGACUGACGUUGCUGUCUCGUGACAAUAUUGUUUAUUGAGGCUGCCAUCUUACAGAGCGCCGAGCUGCAAAAUAGUGAGUAGCCUUUGAUGAUGGACCGCCAGGAUGCUACAAUCGUGUGUGUGCCCCCACUACCUGCAUUAGGUUGUGAUGACCCACACUACUUCCAAAUGUAUCUGUGACCCUCCCCAAUCCUGACUCCUAACCUCUAAUCCCUGACCUUUGACCCCCACUAUGGGCAGUGUUGGCAGUGGGGUGGCAGGAGAGCAGGAGUUUGCCAUGAAGUCUGUGGGCACAAGGACCACCCUGCCUCGAGCCCCUCCUCUCUCUCGCCGUUGCCCUGCCGACCGCAGCUGCAGUGCAGAGCGGCUGCCCCGCCCUCCGGCGACUAUAUCUGACGGGACGGCUUCUAGCGAUGAGCGAGGGAGCGUUAGUUUUGGGACUGGGACCUGUACCGGGACUGACCGGCCCACCGAAACAGCGUCUUCCACCAACACUGAAUGUACCAUGACGGCCCCAUCCAACAACAACCAGUUGGACUGUGGCAACGGAGCAGGCAGGCGGGAGAGGGAGUGGGAAAGGCAGCGUGAGAGGGGGAGAGACAGGGACCGGGACCGAGACUGGGACCGAGAGAGGUUAGAGAGGGAGCGAGAGAGGGAGAGGAACCGGGAGAGGGAGCGGGAACGAGUGGAAAGGGAGAGGCUGGAGCGAGAAAGGGAGAGGGAAAGGGAGAGAGCCAGAGAGAGGGAAAGAGAGAGAAUUGAGAGAGAGAAGAUAGAAAGGGAGAGGGAGCGAGAGAGGGAAAGGGAGAGGGAGAGGGAAAGAGAGAGGCUGGAGAAUGAGAGGUUGGAUAGAGAGAGAGAGAGGGAAAUGCAAGCUGCAGGCUUGGAUGUUUGUGGGAACAUUGUAGGCCGAGGAGCAAAUGAGAAGAACGGUGUGGCCAUGAGCCAACACCACCACAGAGAGAUGGCAGCCAGAACUGACACUGAGAACAAUCCAGGCAGCCAUAACCCUCCAAACCACAACCCGCCCAAGAUCCUGCCAGUGUCGGGGAAACUCGAGCAGGCAAUGCAGAACAACUCAGGCCUCGUUCGUCCUUCUGCCUUCAAGCCGGUGGUUCCCAAGAGCUUCCACUCCAUGCAGAACCUUGUGGGCCAAGCAGGAGGGGCUGGGAGUGAGGGCAAGACUGAGGCAAGGAGUGAAGGGUUCUGUGAGAGCAGAGGAGGCAGGAGAGGCAGGGACGGGGCAGGAGCAGAAUCAGGAGAGGUCCCAGAGGCAUUGCUCCUGGAUCAGGACAGUCCAGUGAGGGUCAGCAGAAGUGAGGGCGGAGGAAAUGGUAAUGAAGUGGUUCAGGGAGGGAUGUCUGACUCAGGGAGAAACUCCCUGACCAGCCUGCCUACCUAUACAGGCUCGGGGUCCGGUUGUGGACCCCCAGCAGUCCUGGGGCCUCUCAGUGCUUCCACCAGCCACAUCAACAGACUGGGUAUGGUUGGUGCAGCUGCAGGCCUAGACAAGCUGGAAAAACCUGGCUACCAGAACGGGCUCAGCGCCUCAGACAGUGGCCGGUCCUCCUCAGGAAAGAGUUCCUCGUCCUAUCAGAGACUGAGCCAUCUGAGUGACGCCCCAGCACCUCUACGCCCCUCCCCUUCAUCUGAUGAUAUCAUCCAGGAUCUCGAGGACCGCUUAUGGGAGAAAGAGCAAGAGGUGCAGCAUAUGCGCAGAAACCUGGACCAAAGUGAGGCAGCAAUCAUUCAGGUGUUUGAGGAGAAGCAACGUGUCUGGGAGCGACAGAUGGACGAGCUGAGACAGAACUAUGCCUCGCGCCUGCAGCAGGUUACCCGUCGUGCUCAGCGCUCUCAGACUGCCCUGCAGGCCCAGAUAAGCCGUCUGUCCCAGGACAAGAGGAGACUCCAGGAGGAGAUGGCAGCUCUCUUGGCCCAGAGAGAGGAGCUGGAGAGAAAGUGUCUGGAUUACAGGAAGGAGCAGGCUGACAUUUUGCCUCGUCUGGAGGAGACUAAGUGGGAGGUGUGUCAGAAGGCAGGAGAGAUCUCCCUGUUGAAGCAACAGCUGAGGGAGAGUCAGGCUGAAGUGACCCAGCGAGCUGGAGAGAUGGUGGCCCUGAGAGGCCAACUGAAGGAGCUCAAUGCCCAGCUGAGGGAGCGAGAGGAGGCCAUGCUGGGCCUGAAGGACUCCUAUAGCACCAAAAGUCUGGAGCUGGAAAAGUGUGAGGGGGAGCUGAGGAGGACUCUGUCAGAGGUGUCCAUCCUUAGAGAGAAGCUGGGUGUAUUUGAGGCAGAGGUGCUCAGUUUAAAGCGUGCUCUAAGUGAAGCCAGCAGAGGAGCAGAAGUUGUUAUGAGCCCCAACUUAGCUGCUGCAGGGCUGUUGCCCCCCUGGGGAGUCGUUCACUGCACGCGUAACCCCACUGAGCCCUCAACCAGCUCCCUUACCCCCACAUCUGACACCCUGCUGAGUCUUCAGAGUGAUGAGGCCAAAGCCCAAAGACAGGAAGCUCAGAGACAGGAGAGGCAGCAACGCGAGGAAGCUCAGUGGCGCGACGCCCAGCAGCGUCAAGAUGCACACAUGCAGCAGGACAUCAGAAUGCGUCAGGAUGUCCAAAUUCGACCAGAAGCCCAACUCCGACAGGAGGCCCAGCUUCGUCAGGAGGCUCACCACCGUCAUGAAGCCCAAAUCCGUCAAGAGGCCCAACUACGGCAGGAAGCACAGCUGCGUCAAGAGGUGCAGCUUCGUCAAGAGGCCCAGUUGCGCCAGGAGGCCCAGCUCCGUCAGGAGGCCCAGCUCUGCCACGAGGCGCAAAUGCGUCAAGAGGCCCAGCUACGUCAUGAGGCCCAGCUCUGCCAAGAGGUGCAACUGCGUCAGGAUGCUCACCAGCCACAGAGAGUCCAGGAGGGUCACUGGGAUGAGGCAGGGGAGCUGCGCCGGCAACUAGAGCAGCUGCAGGCCGCACUGCGCCUGGAGCGGCAGCAACGGGAACGUCAGGCCCUCAACUUCGACCAGGAGCGACACACCUGGCAGGAUGAGAAGGAGCGGGUUUUGAAAUACCAGGCACAGCUGCAGCUCAGCUAUGUGGAGACGCUGCAGAAGAACCAAGCUUUGGAAAAACGUAUGAGCCAGUUGGGAGCCAAACCAACCACAACAGCCACCACCACCACUGUUACCACCACCAUUACCACCUCCCCCACCUCUUCCAGUUCUCCACCUCCACCACCAGCCCUCUCACCUCUGUCUCCUCAGCCCCCACCCUCGAUCUCUGGCCCCAUCGCCCUGACCAUCUCCCCUCCUUGUGAAGACCAGAAGGGCCCUCCUUCUCUCCAUCAGCUUGCCCCUCCCUGGGCAGGACCCUCACGCCUGGAGAGGAUUGAGUCCACAGAGAUAUAGAGACAGCUCCAUGAAAUUAAUUGUCCAGUUAGACACACUCGCAGUGAUAAGGCCUCACACACAAAACCACUAGAGCAUUCAGUUGAAACAUUUCAGUUGACAAUAGAAUAAAUCAGUUCAGUCUGACAUACUUUUCAAAACAACUGUAGACACUAAACAACAUCAAAGGCUGACAACAAAACCCAGAAUGAUCAAUAAAGCAGAUCAGCUGAACAGAAGGUUGAAUGCCUGUCUGUCACGAGUUGCACGCUACUGCGUCCUACAUGAUCAGUGUUCAUGAAAAGUGUGCCACACUGAUGGAUGGCAGAGAAAAAAACAAAACAUUAAAUGACAGCACUAAUACAGGGGUCAUUUCAUUCCCGUGCUAGAAAAAGACCAAGACAAUCAGGCAUAUUGUCAGAAAUUAUCAACAAGAAUAUUAUGCGGUAUUUAGUCAUUGUAAAUCUGUGUCACUGGUUAUGUAAAAGUAGACUUAGUGGUCAGAGUGUGUUGUGUUAACUUGCAUUUUUGGCCAGAGAGCGCCUUACUACAUUCUUUCCAGCAUGUACAAGAGAAUAACUAACGCUGGAAAAGACAAAAAAAAAAAAAAUCAAGAGUGUGAUUAUCAUUUUGAGUGCUUUAAUUAUGAUAUCAGCAAACCAGUUACACAGCAUUAUUGUUUCAUGGAUUAUUUCCUUUAAAUCCCAGCAGAUAUGGACUGAUUCUCAAUUCAGUUUUCAAGUCAUUUCAUGCACAGGCUCCGACGUGCAUGAGCCAUUUAAACACAUCGCGAAGACCAACAGAGUUUAUAUUUUCUACAAAUUGAAUUAAAUAGAUAAGUUUAGCAGUUAAUGAACCCCAAAUGAAUAUAAGAGUUAAGACUUGGUUCGCCUUCACUGCAGAUCGCCUGCGGUGACUAAAAACAAACACUAGAGGUCAUUACAGAGCUUGCACAGCGCUCCCAGCUCAAAUUUCUCCUUAGUGAACUGCAAUGUCAAAGGAAGCACACAAUUUGAAUUUAGUUAUUAUGAUAAUUGUGUCAUUCGCUUUGUGCAUUUACAGCCAAGACGUCUGAGGAAUCAGUCAGUAUCCCCAAAGUUAAAACAAAAUUUAUAGAAUGUAUGAUAUACUAGAAAGAAGAAAUACUUAUAAUAGUUAUAGAUUGUAAAUGUGUGCUUGAGUGUGUGAGGGUGAGUGUGUGUGUGUGUGUGAGAGAGAGAGAGAGAGAGACAGUGGGUGUGUGCACGUGUGUAUACAUAUGAAAAGCUUCAGCUUAUGAGGUUUAGGAUAGAGGGACUAGUGGCAAUACAGCAGGUGAAGGUAUAUUCAGAUAAAAGGGUUUUUUGGGGGGAUGAGGUCGCUUUGAGUCCGGUGAAAUGUACAUCAGAGCUUGACACGAGGGCAAUGAGACUGAUAAUUCAAACUGGGGGGAGUCUGUAUAUCAUGGAAGACUCUACUUUUGUCUGUAUAAAUCGGGGAGAAGCAAGGAAAAAAAAAAACAGAAACGUGGAGAGGAUUCAGGCUAACUGCACUAUGUAGUGUCCUUCACACAAGUUACGAUGUACAGUAGACUCAGAUGUGAAUAUCAUGGCUUUUAUAUGUGUUGUUUAUGCCAGCAUACAAAGAUGUUGCUCAAGAAUAUUAACUUAUCUCUAAGGUAUUACAUAGUAUUAUCAUCUUUAUUACUGUUAUUAUAUUAUGGUGAACUGACAGAGAAAUAUGUGCCAUUUGAGCUUUCCUUUAUGUGUAUUUUUUUUUUUAAUCUGUGUAGAUAGCCUAUUGGCCUACCAUAAUGGUGCAAUCAUAGCGACCCUGUCCAAAAAUGAUGUUCCUUUUGAUGUAGUUGAUAAAUGUAGUUACAGUAUUGCAUUGUUUAGAGAACAAAAUGCUACAGAUUUUAUACAUGUUUCAGAUUUAUUGUUUGUAUUUAUGUUAUAAGUACUGUUCUGGCUUGAUUAAAACCAUCCCUUUGUUAAAAUUCAGCAGCACUAAAUAAAGAUAUGUGAAUAA